CCCCCGCCGGCACCGCAGGCCGCGGCAAUGGCGGCCCCCACGGCCCACGCGUGAAGCCCUCCCGCCGACCGCCGCUGCCAUGAAAGUGCAAAACAGCGAUUAAGACGGUUUGGCUGGGCUAGACGGUCAGUGGUUGCGUUGCCUGUGAUGGAGAACCCCUAGCUGCUGUCAAGUGCCUUACAAGGAAGCCGUCCUUACCGAGCUGAAUAAGCUGAAUAAACUUGCUGGGGACCUGAACUAAGGCAGGAGGUAUGAGAACAGGACAUAGCAGAGCACAGCACGGGUUUCUGGUGGAGUCUGGAUAAGAGCUGUCAGGGAAGCUUUUAGCUGGAGUGAGGCUACCAAGUGAUAGCGAUCUUGAACCACCGUUUUAGAGGAGUGGCACCAAAAAGCCUGUUGUUACGCCAAGUGCUUUACAGGACAAAUAACACUCCCUCCUUCCUCAGCUGCCUAAAAAUCAAGCCAUAGAUACUGAGCUUCAGUCUGAAUACGGGAGGAAAAAUGCCAGCUUCUCUAAGGAAACUGCAGCAAAUGGCUGUUUUCAUGGGACUGUUCAGCGGCGGGGGAUGCAUCGUGAUGUAUAAUCUUAUGCAAAAGAGUUUUGCCCGGACACAGUAUUAUCAGCAGGCUUUGGAGCAAUUGAACAGCAAUCCCAAUGCCCUGGAAGCCCUGGGUGCCCCCCCUCUCAAGGUUCACAACAUCCGACUGACGGAUGGGAGUAACCGUGUGGACACAGAAAGAGCACAGAUAAAGUUACCAGUAUCCGGAACAAAAUCAGCGGGGUACCUCUAUAUUAACUCAGAGAUGGACCACUCCCGUCAAUGCUGGUGCCUUCAGGACGUCACCUUGAAACUGCGGGAUGGUCAGAAUAUUCCAGUUUACCACUCCCCGGUGGAAAGCAUCGCUGUGCAAGAAGGCUAAAAAUCAAGGGCAGCUGCUUCUCCACCUCCCACCGAGCCGAAGGAGCCAUUAAUCGAUUGCAUCCCGCUGUGUCUGUGAAUGUACACAGUUGUCACAAGUGGCAAUUUCGCUUAAGCGGGUGCUCUCAAGACAGUUUUCCCUCCAAGAUUGACCUCAUUAUUGUCAUAAUUGUAAUUUCUUUCUUUUGCUGGUUUAUUCACGUGUUCAGCAGAAGCCUGAAAUAAAUAUCUUGCAAAAGACUUGCUGUUCCAGAGGAGUCAUGUGUUAUGCCCUGUGUGUGCUGGUAUUAUGAAUUUGAAAUAAACAAGCAAACUGCCAGGAAACGGAGCUUUUCUACAACUGCAGACUGAAGUCGGGACAGUUGGGCUGCCCUGUCCUGGCUAGAAGACCCAGUAAGCUUCUCAAAGCGGUUCCCUUGCUGCUUCGCUUUCCCCCCAUUUCUCAACGAGGCCUUACCUAAAGCAGGAGGGACGAAGCAGCGAAGGUGAAGCUCAGCAGCAGCCCCCGCCACUGCUGAUGAGUAACUCACAUGAUCAGGCAGAUUUGGACCCUCGACAGUUAUCGUUAAAAGGCUCGUGAGGUAGCAGAGGCCACUUGCUGUAACUUAGGAAUUACGGGAAGAGGCUCGCUACUGGCACUGCUCACGCUGAAGGUCGAUAUAAGAGAAGAAGCCCCCGUUUCACACCAGCACUGCCCGACACAAGUUUGGGAGAUGACCUUCCCUCUCCCGCUUCUGCUCAGGGAGG